AUGAAUAGUAAAAAUCUUGAACAACUUUUAAACAUUAAUAAAUUUCUCUCUACAACUCCACCUCCUAAUAUUCAUUCUGUUCAAGAUUAUGUUUCAACUAUUAAUAUAUCCGGUAUCUUUUCUAUUACUUUUGACACUCCUCACGAAACUCUUCCUCCAUUAACAAAUAUUGAUAAUACUGCUGAAAAAAUCCUCCAUUUGCAAUAUCCACAUUUAACUUCUGCAGCUGUAUUUUCUAAUGGAGAUUGUUUAUUAAAUUCUAUAUCUCUAAUUUUUAAUGCAAACCAAAUGUUAGCAUUACAAUUUAGACUAGCUAUGGUUGUAGAAUUGAUGAAAUUUUCAAAUUUUUAUCUUAGUCAAAAAAUUUUUGAACAAGAUUAUUAUUUUUCCGAUAUAGCUUUAAAUUCAGCCAAAAAUUCAGAUAUGCCGACUACAUAUAAUAAAGAAAGAGAAUAUAUUAGUGAAAUUGCUUAUAUAUCUAAGCCACAUCAGUUUUGUUCAAUUAUCGGAUUAUAUGGCUUAGCAUCAGUAAUUCAAAGACCGAUAAUGUCAAUAUAUCCUCCAACUGUUUCUCAACUAAUUAGUUCAUUGUAUAAUAAAUUAAUUGAACCACGAAUUAAAGCUUAUGAUGAACCUAUUAUGAUAAUGUGGACACCAUCAAAAAAAUGUAUGAGUGAUGGUUCUGAUAUAGUGGAAUUUAACUCAAAUGUUGAUGAUAAUGAUGGUGAAUCAUCAUCAUCAUCAUCGUAUACUACUAAUAAUGAAAAAAAUGUUAGGAAAAAGCAAACGCGAAAUAGUCAAAAGCGAAUAACGAAACUUGAUCAUAUUAAAGAUAAAAGAUUACAAAAUCAUCCGAAAGUUAAUAAGAUUAUUACUCGCAAUGAAGUUCAAUGUAAAUGUGGAAAGAUAAUCAGAUUGCAUCGAGCUUAUAAUUCAAGAAAUUUAGAAAAACAUAGUAAAACUAGUAACUGUUUAUUAACAGAAGGAAUACGUCCACUCACAAGUUAUUUUGUAAAUUCUACAAAAUCUCACCAAAUUUCAUGUAUUGGAUUGAGAGACGAGAAGCACUUAGAAUAUUUACAAAGAAUUGGUGGAAUUAUACAUUAUGGUGGUGCACCACGUGUUGAAGUAUUAGCAAAAGAAUUAUUUCCAAUAAAAUUUGACAAAAAUUUUAGUUGGAAAAGGUUGACAAAUAAUGAAAAAAUCAAAUUAGAGAAUGAGUUAGUUGCAAGGGCAAAAUGGCGCAACGAUUUUAAUUCUAAUUGUAUUCGAAGUGUAAAAUGUAAAAUUACAACAACAAACAAAGGAAGAAUUUGUAAAAAAUGUAUGAAGUUAAAUAGUAACAAAAUUUUAAUGGUAUUUAUUAAAAUUAUAAAUAAUGAAAAUUAUUAA